AUGGAUUCCAAAACAGAUAAUAUCCCUUCGCCAAACUCUCGGCUGCUCAGCCAACCUCUUCUGGAUCCAACCCAGAACUCAGAAAAAAAGGGCCUGAAGGAGUCAGCUGGUCAACUGAAUUACCAGACAAUCACGACGCACUCCGAGGAGACUAAUAUUGCUCCGCCUCGAGAUGACAAGACUCCGCAUCGGGAAUGGGUAAUGAGUACUGAGUAUGCCGCAUUUGAGGGCUACGCGGAUCAGGAUGCUCAGGCCGAGAUGGAGGUCUACUACACUGAUGACCAAGAGGAGCCUUGGUGGAUUUGCUUUGUUCCAUUCUGGCUGGAAUGA